AUGCGAAAACAACUAGAUCAGCGCAUACCAACGCUGCUUCGCAACAAUGUCGCCCUCAACCACCGCUCCUUCUUUGUCCUGGUGGGCGACCGUGCUCGCGACCAGGUGGUGAAUCUGCACUUUCUCCUCUCGCAAUCGCGGCAUACAUCCAGGCCCAAUGUCCUGUGGUGCUACAAGAAGGAUCUCGGCUUCACCACUCACCGCAAGAAGCGGGAGCAGAAGAUCAAGCGUGACAUCAAGCGAGGGAUCAGGGAGAAGGGCGACUCGCAAGACCCAUUCGAGCUCUUCGUCGGCGUCACCGACAUUCGCUACUGCUACUACAAGGACACGCCCAAGAUCCUCGGACGAACCUUUGGCAUGCUCGUCCUGCAGGACUUCGAGGCAAUGACGCCCAACAUGCUGGCGCGGACCAUUGAGACAGUCGAGGGAGGUGGUGUCGUGGUUCUCAUGCUGAGAACGAUGUCGUCGCUCAAGCAGCUCUACCAGAUGGGAAUGGACGUCCACUCCAAGUACCGCUCGGCCAUUGACCCCUCAACACCAGUCGCACGCUUCAACGAGCGCUUCCUCCUCUCUCUCGGCGCCAACACCGAUACCCUUUUGUUGGACGACGAGCUCAAUGUGCUGCCGCUGAGCAAGGGCAAGGAUAUCCAGGCAAUUGAGGGCAGCGGGUCUGUACCCAAGGAGUCGGAGUCGCAGUUGGCGAAGCUGCGCCAGGACAUCGGCGAGGACGCGGGGGUCACUCAGGUCGUCAAGAGCUGCAAGACGAUGGACCAGGCUAAGGCGCUGUUGAGCAUUCUAGACGUUCUUUCGGCGUCGUCCCUGUCCGCCACUGUCACAUUGACGGCCGCCAGAGGUCGCGGAAAGUCGGCGCUGCUCGGUCUGGCAAUAGCAGCGGCAAUCGCGCAUGGCUACUCGAACAUCUUUGUCACCUCGCCAUCCCCGGAGAACCUCAAGACGCUCUUCGAGUUCGUGUUCAAGGGGCUGGCCGUGCUGGGCUACGAGGAGACGGCAGACUGGAGCCUGCAGCGGGGCAGCGGAGAGUGGAAGGACGUCGUCGUGCGCGUCAAUGUCUUCCGCAACUCCCGCCAGACGAUCCAGUACAUCGACCCCAACGACUCGCAUGUGCUGGGUCAGGCGGAGCUCGUAGUCAUCGACGAGGCGGCGGCCAUCCCCCUGCCAACGGUCAAGAAGCUGUUGGGCCCUUACCUCGUCUUCUUGAGCAGCACCAUCAAUGGCUAUGAGGGGACGGGGCGCAGUCUGAGCCUCAAGCUAAUCGAGCAGCUGCGACAAGGCGCCAGUGGCGCUGCGGGAUCUAGUGGCGCGGGACCCUCAGCGCUGCGCUCGCUCAAGGAACUCACCCUCAACGAGCCCAUCCGCUACUCGCCCGGCGACAACGUCGAGUCGUGGCUCAACCAGCUCCUCUGUCUCGACGCCAGCCUCUCCAAGACUCCGUCAAAAUCGACGUCGGCGCAUCCCUCGUCGUGCAACCUGUUCCUUGUCAACCGCGACGCCCUCUUUUCCUACCACCCGGCGUCGGAGCUCUUCCUCCAAAAGAUGAUGGCACUGUACGUGGCAAGCCAUUACAAAAACUCGCCCAAUGAUUUGCAGCUCAUGAGCGAUGCGCCUGGGCACCGCUUGUUCGUGUUGCUGGCCCCGCAACCGCCCAACGCUACGACGCUGCCGGAGCCAUUGGCGGUGCUCCAGGUGGCACUCGAGGGCAACAUUGCGCGGCAGUCGGUGCUACAAUCGCUUUCUCGCGGAGAGCGCUCGUCGGGCGACUUGAUCCCGUGGUCCCUCUCCCAGCAGUUCCAGGACUUUGACUUUGCGAGCCUCAACGGCGUGCGCGUAGUCAGGCUGGCGGUUCACCCGCAGUAUGCUCAGAGUGGGUACGGCACGCGAGCGCUGGAGUGUUUGAGACAGUAUUACGCGGGGGAUCUGGUGGACGUCGACGCUAUUGCGGAGAGAGAGGCAAAGGCGAUCUCGGCGGGUGAGGAGACGCUACAAGAUGUGGCGCAGAGGGGAACGAAUGACGGUCUGCAGAGCGAGACGAUUGCGUUGCGCGACGCCAAGCGUAUGCCGGCGUUGCUUCAGCGCCUGUCGGAUCGCCGUCCAGAGCCCAUCGACUGGCUGGGCGUGUCGUACGGCCUCACGCCGCAGCUCUUCCGCUUCUGGAAGCGUAAUGGCUAUACGCCGCUCUACAUUCGACAGGGCAAGAACGACUUGACGGGCGAGCAUACGGCGGUGAUGCUGCGCGGCGUUGGGGACGAGGAGCUGCCGUGGUUGGGUGCGUUCGCUGCGGACUUCCAGCGUCGCUUCGCAUCGCUGUUGGGCUACCAGUUCAGGGGAUUGGGAGCGUCGACCGCUUUGGCCAUCUUUGAGGCUGCGGGGAACGUGGCCAACGCGGGCGAGCCGCUCACGCCAGCCGAGUUGCGCGCGACACUCACGGCGUUCGACCUCAAGCGGCUCGAAGCGUUUGGCAACAACAUGGUCGAGUACAGCGUGAUCCUCGACCUCCUCCCGACGCUCGCGCAACUCUACUUUACAGGCAAAGUGCGACAGGAGGACGGCGAGGCGACGCUCAAGCUUACGGCGCUUCAGUCUGCGCUUCUACUCUCGAUUGGUCUGCAACGCAAGGAGCCUUCGGAGGUGAUUGCGAGCGAGUUUGAGCUGCCUGUUCAGCAGGGCGUGGCUUUGCUGGGCAAGGCGGUGCGUAGGCUCGUGGAGUGUCUGCGCGUCGUGGAGCGCAAGGAGCUCGAGGCUGAGGCACAGGAUGAGUGGGCAGAGGCCGAGAAGCGGUUGGCGAGUGGGGCCGAGGGCCUGAACACGGUGGUGAGCAUUCGAAAGAGCGGCGACGGCGUGAGCGUGGACGAUGCGGAGGAGAGUACGGCCAAGAAGAGGAAGAGUGGUGGCGAGGGGCGCGGUGCGGGGAAGAAG